AUGGCUGCAACUGGGACUGAAAACUCAAUUUCCCAUAAGUCCUGUUUCAAAGGGGCAAGAGCCCUCCCACCUAUUUUAUCUGCCCGUGACAGGGAGUUCUUAGGCUCUUUAGAUGAGUAUAUACAGAAUGAGAAGAAAUACUCAAGGUGCCCAGAGGAUGGACCUCACGAGCAACGCUUCACUAUUUACAGCUGUGCAUUUGACAAGGUGAUUGAGCAUGCCACAGCCUACGGAAAGGUCCUCGCUGCCAUCAAGAGAGAGUAUGAUGACACCAUUAGGGCUGCAAAAAGAAGUGUGCAGGAAGCGGGUGUCACUCACAGGAAGCAGAGAGCCGCGCUCACUGCGCCCAUCUCGCUAAUGAACUAUCAGAGGAGAGCUGCCCAGCUGCAGGAGAGGAUUCAGAUCAUCCAACAGAACACAGCCAAGCUCCAGGCAGAGCUGAUUAAUCUGCAGGAGUCACGAAGAGAAGGGGGGCCAACACAACAGCCAGAGUCUGAAUUCAACACAGAACCAAGGCCCUCUGGGCCAAUACCAGGCCUGACGUUAGAAGAGUCACUGAACCCGGAAGCCCUCGACGUUCACCUGGAGCGUCUGGAGCGGAGGCGUGCAGACCUGCAGAACAAAAAGGAAAGCCAUUACCUGUGCAAACAGGUGAAGGUGGACCUGGACAGCAGAUUGAGGAGAGUGCUGGACCAUAGGGAUAAGGUUGCCAUGGAGAACCAGAGACUCCAGCAGAGGUACAAACAGUUGAAAUACCUCCACGACACCUUAAGCUCCUGGGAAAAGUCCGGCAGAGAUGUCCCUCUGAUGGAAGUCCUCUCCCCAGCCCUGGAGCACAUUUCAGAUCUCAGAGUGUGCGAGUGUGACGAGGACUGCUCCAGCGCCCCGGAAUUCGAGGAGGAUGAUCCUGCCAAAGCGAAAGAGUCCAAACUUGUGUCGGAUUACGUCGAUAGGUUCACGGAGCUGCUUGAAGGCGGGCAGUACGAGGCAGCCACCCUGCAUGCCGCUAGAAGCCCUUACGGAGUGCUGAGGGACACGGCGACCAUGGACAGGUUCAAAGCCAUUAGCCUGCAGGAAGGGGAGCUGGCCUUGCCGUUGCCCCUGCUCUAUUUCCAGGCCCUGAUGGACACAGUGCAUGCUGGGAAACAGCUUCCAGGGGCAGGCCUGGCUGUGGAAGGGGUCAGAUGGGCCCUGAAGCAUGACUGUGUAGAGCUGGUCACUCACUGGAUCACUCAGCACAGGCUGGAGUUCUCAGAGGCCCUGGGGGAUGUGAUCAGUGCGCACGGGGGCAGAGAGGCGCGGGACGGGGACACCUGUUUAGCGCUGGCUCAGGUGGUGUUCAGCAGCUGCGGCCUCCACAGGAAGGCAGCGGUCUGCAUGUGCAGGAGGGGAAUGAUCAGCACUGCUGUGGAGCUCCUCCACCAGAGCGAGGCUCUCAGCGUGGAUGACUGUCUGUAUGUGCUGAAGAGCUGCCCCAGCCCGGGCCUCCUCCGGGCCCUGACCCAGGAGCACCGGAACCGCCCCGGCCUGUCUUUGGGCUUCACCGUCCACGCCCUCAUGGACACGGAGAACCAGGCCCUGGCCUUCCAGCUCCUGGAGAGCCUUCAGGCGUGCGGUGAGCGGACCGGUACCCUGGAGAGCACCAUCCUGGAAGAUGAGGGGUGCACGGUCGAGGGGUGGAGCGAGAUCGCGGGUCGUUGCGGGCUGAUGGGACGGCCUGAGCUGGCCCGGGACAUCGACGCCGCCCUGAUGUCUCUCCAUGGAACCGUGCGGCUCUCUCCCGGCAUCGAGAGCGCCAAGCUGAUGGAGCACGUCUUCGUUUACAGGAGCGCUGGCGAGCCGCCCGCAGGCCAGCGUGACGCAGUGCUGAGAACGGCCCUGCCGCUCACCGUCACCCUGUCUGACCGGCGCCAGCACACGCCCCGGGUGAGCGCAGAGACGGGGCAUAGAGACGGGGCGCAGAGACGGGGCGCAGAGACGGGGCGUAGAGACGGGGCGCAGAGACGGGGCGUAGAGACGGGGCGUAGAGACGGGGCGUAG